AACAUAUCCUCUCAUCAUCUUUGUACCAUUACCUACCUCGUCGCUAUGGGUACUUCUUGAGUGACCUCCGUGUUCUCAGGUCGUCUCGCCUGAUCCCUUUUUGGGAUCACAGUUUGUUCCCCGCACCGCGGUGUUCAGCAUCGCCUGCAGCUCCUCUUGAGUCGAUUGCCACGCGACAAGCACGGCAACGUUUUUGCGCCUGGUACAAAUACGGUAUUCAUAACGACCACCUCUACUCGGAGAUUCCAAAUCAGAAGGCAAGCCUUCGCACCUAUACCCGCGUCACACACAGCCUCUACCGCCAAUUACUUUUCCUUUCUACUUCCUUUCAGAAGGUCUUCCUAUCUUAACAUGAGGCUCAGGACCGCAGCACGCGUCAUUCUUGUUGGGGCACCUGGAGUUGGGAAAGGAACACAGUCCGAGAGGCUGCUACAACGCUUCCCACAGCUGCAGUCUAUCUCCUCUGGAGAUCUGCUACGAUGGAACGUCCGGAAUAAGACCGCUCUCGGCAUCCAGGUCGAGCAGACCCUCAAGGCCGGCGGCCUCGUCUCCGACAGCAUCAUCCUGCGCCUGAUCAAUAACGAGCUGUCCAAGCGCGGCUGGCUGGGACGGCCCCAGGUCAUGACCCUGCAGUCCUCCGCCAUCGGCCCCGACGGCGAGACGUUCUCCUCCGGCGACAACGAGAUGGCCGCCUUCAUGACCACUUCUUCUCGGACCCUCGGCGCCCCCUCCGACGACCCCUCCGCCUCGUUCCUCCUAGACGGCUUCCCUCGCACGUCUGCGCAGGCAGACCAGCUCGAUGGCUUGGUGCCUAUCAACCUGGCAGUAUCGAUCAAGACGCCCUUCGAGGUGAUCCUCGAGCGCAUCUCCGGGCGCUGGGUGCACGAGCCGUCGGGGAGGGUGUACAAUACCACGUUCAACCCGCCCAAGGUGGCUGGGAGGGACGACAUCACGGGCGAACCGUUGGUCAGGAGGGCAGAUGACGACGAGGAGACCUAUCGGACCCGAUUCAAGAAGUUCCAGGAGGCCAGCGAGCCCUUGUUGGACCACUAUGCCCGCAAGGGCGUGCUGUAUGAGGUGGAAGGGAUGAGCAGUGACGAGAUCAGCCCGAAGCUGUUCCAGGAGUUUGAAAAGAGAUUCUGCGAGUAAAGGGAGAUACCCAUAUCGGCCGGUGCGCGGGGUUUGGCCUUCAGCCAGCUUGGAUCAUGGCUGGCGGAACCCUGGGGUGGGGCUGUAACCAAAUAUCUCUGGCGUUUGAUUUUCCUGAUUAGUCUGCUCUGGUCAGAGGGGACCGAAGUGCUCGGUCUGCCUUGACGGUUGUCUACAGAACCAGUCCUAUGUUUUGACGUAUUCAUUCUUCAUUACCUCUAUAGCCAGGCUUUGAUGCUACUGCCUUUAUAAAGACGGACCAUGGUGUGCUCCUGAACGUUGCAUAAAUGUACGUUUGGGGUUCAUGUUUAGUAAGCAGAACGCUUUUGAGGACAAGCAAGAAAGGAAGAAGAGGAAAAAA